AUGGAGAAGAUAAAUCUAAGCCUGAUUGUAAGGAAUAUGGUCAGGGUGUUCCAGAUUUUUGAAGAUAACUCUCUGGACCUGCUGAGAGACUGUAAGAUUAAAAGUGCCUUCCAGAGGCCAGGAGACCCCAAAGGAGGGCCAUUCAGGUUCACAAAAGAUUCAACAGGUGGCCCACAGCUUUACACUACGAGGAAUCAGACACUUCUGAGGGGAUUCUUGCUCCUGAGACUGACAGACAGCAGGGCUCUUCUGGGGCUGCAGGCUGCCCUCUUGUCUCUGGCUUACCUGGUGGCCACACUGGAGAAUCUGACCACUGUCCUCCUCACUGUUCUUGACUACCGCCUCCACACCCCCAUGUACUACUUCCUCAGGCAUUUGUCUUAUUUGGACCUCUGUCUCAUUUCUACUACAGUCCCCAAAUCAAUUGUAAACUCAGUCACCAUGAACAACUCCAUUUCUUUCAUGGGGUGCAUGUGUCAAGUCUUCUUGGUGGUCCUCUCAGCAGGGUCAGAGGUGGGAAUCCUGACUGCCAUGUCCUAUGAUCGCUAUGUUGCCAUCUGCCAACCUCUGCACUACGAGGCUGUCAUGAGCAAAAGGUGCUGUGUCCACUUGGUGGCUGUGUCCUGGCUCAGUGGACUGUUCUUUGGGAUUUUGUACUCAGCUGGAACAUUCUCCCUGGAUUUCUGUGGUUCCAAAAGGAUUAACCAGUUUUUCUGCGAUGUUCCUUCCCUACUAAAGCUCAGCUGUUCUGAGGAGCAUGCAGCUAUCAAUGGCAGUUUGGUCCUUGGCGUCUUCUAUGGAUUCUCAUGCUUGGUUUGCAUUGUGGUCUCCUACGUGUUUAUUUUCUCUACUGUGAUGAAGAUCCCAUCCAGGCAGAGCUGGUCCAAAGCCUUCUCCACCUGCACACCCCACCUCGUGGUUGUGCUCACCUUUCUGCUAACAGCUACAGUUGUUUACCUUAAGCCAGCCUCCGAUGCGUCUCCUAUUCUAGACCUGCUGUGCUCUGUGUUCUACUCUGCGGUACCCCCAACACUGAACCCCAUCAUCUAUUGUUUGAAAAACAGGGACUUUCAGUCAGCUCUAAGUAAUCUUCUAAGGAAAGCCAGGCAUGAGUUAAUGGAAACAUAA